GUUUUCUUCCCCUCUCCCGUCCCGCAUCUCGCCCCCGGAUUUCUUCCGCCGAUUCCGUGCCGGCCGACCACAGAGGGGAAGAAAAAAAGCCGAGCGGCGGCUAGCUGCGGCGCCGCGGGAUGGCGACCCCGGAGCCGCCGGCGGCGGAAGCGGUGGCGCUGGCGGUGGACGACGACGAGACCUUGGCGGCGGCGGCGGAGGGGGCCGGGGGGAUGGAGGAGGUGGUGCCGAUCGGGGCGCAGAAGCACGACCCGGCGUGGAAGCACUGCCUCAUGGUGCGCCUGGCCGGCCGGGACCGCCUCAAGUGCGUCUACUGCGGCAAGCACUUCCUCGGCGGCGGCAUCCACCGCUUCAAGGAGCACCUCGCGCGCCGCCCCGGGAACGCCUGCUGCUGCCCCGACGUCCCCGCCGACGUCGAGGCCGUCAUGCACCGCAGCCUCGACGAGGUCGCCGCCAAGAAGCUGCGCAAGCGCGCCCUCGCCGCCGCCAUGGUCGCCGUCGCCGCCGCCUCCGAGCCGUCCUCCGUCGCCGCCGCCUCGCCCUCCCCCUCGGCCUCCAACGGCGACAUUGCCAGCCCCAUCCACGUCGUCCCGCUCAACCAGGCACCCCGCGACGAGGAGACGCCGCUGUCGGAGACGGGGUGGACCGGCGGUGGCGCCACCAAGAGGAGGAAGAAGGCGCUGGCGGUGAGGCGUGCUCCUGCUCCUGCUCCUGCUCCGCAGCACCACCACCACCAGCAGCAGCAGCAGCCUAUCCACCCUGCCACUCCUGCUCCCCAGACGCAGCCUCCUCACCAGAUUCUCAUGGCGCUCGAUGCGACAGCGCCGCAGUCGUCGAGGCAUGUCGAUCCGGCUGCUGCAGCGGACAGGGAGCAGGUUUGCAUGGCCGUUGGGAGGUUCCUGUAUGACGCCGGUGUGCCACUGGAGGCCGUGAAUUCCGUACAUUUCCAGCCGAUGGUCGACGCCAUUGCCUCCAUGGGAGGGAGGCCUGAGGUGUUCUCGUACCAUGACUUCCGCGGCUGCGUUCUGAAGAAGUCGCUGGAGGAAGUGACGGCUCAGUCAGAGUUCUACAAGGGGUCAUGGACCCGCACGGGGUGCUCGGUGUUGUCCGAUGAGUGGACGACUGACAAGGGCAGGACCUUGAUGACCUUUUCGGUGUAUUGUCCGGAAGGUACCAUGUUUCUGAAAUCGGUCGACGCAACAGAUAUCGUCACAUCAUCAGACGCGCUGUUUGAGCUACUGAAGAGUGUUGUUGAGGAAGUUGGAGAGAGAAAUGUUGUCCAAGUGAUCACAAAGAACUCUCAGAUUCAUGCAGCCGCAGGUAAAAAGCUAGGUGAAACAUUUCCUACACUGUUCUGGUCUCCAUGCACUUUCCGGUGCAUCGAUGGUAUGCUUGAAGAUUUCAGCAAGGCGACGGCAGUUAGUGAGAUCAUAAGCAACGCAAAGACCAUCACUGGAUUUUUGUACAGCAGUGCACUUGCAUUGAGUUUGAUGAAGAAACAUCUGCAGGGGAAGGAUCUGCUAGUUCCUGCAGAGACCCGUGCUGCUAUGAACUUCGUGACACUGAAAAACAUGUACAGUCUGAAGGAGGAUUUGCAAGCCAUGGUCAGUUCAGAUGAAUGGAUACACUGCCUGCUGCCACAGAUACCCGGAGGGGUAGAAGUGAGCGGUAUUGUUAGCAAUUUGCAAUUUUGGUCUUCAUGUGCCUUAGUUGUUCGUGCCACCGAACCACUUGUGCAUCUUCUUAAGCUGGUAGGUAGCAACAAGAGGCCUGCUAUGGGGUAUGUUUAUGCUGGAUUAUACAAAGCCAAAGCAGCUAUCAAGAAAGAGCUGGUGAAGAAGAGCGACUAUAUGCCUUACUGGAACAUUAUUGACCAGAGAUGGGACAAGCACAUCCAAAGACCGCUUCAUUCUGCCGGUUUCUUCCUAAAUCCACUGUUUUUUGAUGGAAUUGGAGAUAACAUAUCGAAUGAGGUUUUCUCAGGAAUGCUGGACUGUAUAGAAAGGUUGGUGUCUGAUGUCAAAAUCCAAGAUAAAAUUCAGAAGGAGCUUAACAUGUAUCGGAGCGAGGCAGCUGGGGAUUUUCGUAGGCAAAUGGCUAUCCGAGCCCGGCGUACUUUACCUCCUGCUGAGUGGUGGUAUAUGUAUGGCGGAGCUUGCCCGAAUUUAACACGUUUGGCAGUACGUAUCCUCAGUCAAACCUGCAGCGCUAAAGGCCGUGAUCGGACACACAUUCCUUUCGAACGACUCCAUGACCAAAGAAUGAAUAUUUUUGAACGUCAACGAAUGCAUCAUCUCACCUUUGUUCAAUGCAACCUUCGGCUACAAAACAGGCAACAAUACAAGGCGAAGGCAUUUGAUCCAAUAUCGGCAGACUAUAUAGACAUAGUUGAUGACUGGGUGGUGGAUAGAUCCGCACUAUUCUCGGGACCAACCGAGCAGCCAAACUGGAUGGAGAUUAGUCAACCAUUCAACUGGACACCAUCAGCAGGCCCGGGUGAUGAAUUCGAGUCCUUCAUUGAAGGAGUCGACGAUGAGAUGAUCCAAGGCGCUUCCCAAGGAAUCCAGGAUGAUGAUGACGACAAAGAUGAUUCCAACGAUGAAGAGAGAACCCUGUCUGUGGGCGAAUGAGAUGGUUCCAACUUGGAUAUGAACCUGUAAUGUAAACUAGUGAAGUAUGGACAAAAAGUAGAGAAUUGCUUGUGAUUUAUUUCCAUGUAGCAGUUAUCUGGAAAAGAAAGAAGUUUUCCGAGUAGCAAAAAGGAAAUAGGUGUUUCUUCUGUGAUUUAAAAGUUAAUUUAUCUUUGGGUGCCUGUGAUGUUUCGAUGGACAAAAGUACUGUAGAAGAUAAUUGCAAGAAACUGUAGUGGUUAUCUGAAAGAAGGAAAAAAAAUGAAGUUUCUUGCAAGUA